AUGGACAAGCCAGCAAUUCGCUUGGCGACGGACCCAUCCCUCUAUGCAGUCAUGUGCAGCGCGGGACGCCUGUCUCUCUUCGUGCACUGCGCGCCGCGGGGCAAGGGCGCCGGCGAGCCCCUCUGCGGCUGCUUUCGGCGCCAGAUGUUCGUACGUGGCGCCGCCCAGCAUUUUUUUUUGGCGGGCUCGAGCACGAGCAGGGCCACCAGCGAGCCAGGUUCCAGCACUAGAUGCUCGCUCGCGGCGGCAUCCGCCUUCCCGUUCCUCAACCCUCCUCUCCGUCCUUCUGCCGUCUUCCCCGCUUUCGCGCCCUUUUUGUUUGCCAGCUUCGGGAUCGCGAUGUUCGAAGCGUUGGUGCUGGCGCUCUUCGGCUUGCGCAGUACUCCCCCAGAGACCUCGGGGAGGCUCUGGGGACCCCCCAGGGAGUUUCCACGAUACGUCCCCAAGGUGUUCCCGAAGCGCACUGCAACCUCCGUGCAUCGCCACGGCCCCGGCACGCCACGAGCAUCGUAG